ACUGCAACCCUAUGAAUCCAGGUUUGCAAUGGAGUUGUGGAUGGAUGCCAAGAUGGAGGGGAUGAGAAAAACUGCACAGCAAUACCCUGUCCUAUUGACCGCAGUUUUAAGUGCAAAAGCGGGCUGUGUAUUGACAGCUGGCUGGUUUGCAACAGGAACAACGACUGCCCAGACGGAAGUGAUGAAGAGAAUUGCGGCCACACAACUCCCUUGCCAUCCACCACAGCUCGCACUACCUCCACGACUGUUGGUGUUACGCAGCCUUCCUGCGCCAGUGACGAGUUCCUCUGUGACACUACUGGGGCUUGCAUAUCAAUGGACAAUGUGUGCGAUGGUCGCAGAAACUGUGCUGGUGGAGAGGAUGAGGAAGACUGUUCAGCGAAACCCUGCCCCCCGACCCGAGAAUUCCGCUGUAAUGACGGAACUUGUGUCGCUUCUGACACCAUAUGUGAUGGCUUCUCAGACUGCAAAGAUGAAUCUGAUGAGAUUAAUUGCACACAUACAGAGGAUGAAGAUUACUAUGAGGAGGAAGAUGACUACUAUUAUGAAGAAAAGGGAGAAGAGAAGGACGGGGAGAAAGACAUUCAACGGCCGAUCUUCACCACAACUCCGAUGCCAACCGUGGCUGAGGUACCAGUAGACGAAACCCUCCCAGAAGGUGUGGACGAGACCCAUAGCAUUGCGGAUGAAACAGUGGCAGAGGACACCUUCAAGCAGGAGGAUUAUGAGGAUUAUGACAACGUCCCCGAACCGGAACCAGAGCUGGAAUCAGAAGAGGAGCAUGAUGAUGGACAUCGCAUGGAUUUCGAGGACACCAACGUCGAGACCCUGCUGGAGGAUCCCAAAGAGCCAGAGGACAUGAGGCCACCCUCUGCCUCGAGCGACAGGGGAGCCUCUGCUGCCUCUGCAAAAGUACCCCUGUCGGUCCUGUAUCUAGUGCCUUUGCUUGUUCUCUCUCUGCAGCAGGGAGUGAGGGAGAUUGUGGGGUAAUGUGUGAGGAAAUUGCUUUUGAUCUGUUUCCGAUAAUGGAAUAGAUGAAAAAUAAAUCAAUAUAUAUAUAUGUAUACACACUCACACUCACACUCACACUCAACUCACUCACUCACUCACUCACUCACUCACUCACUCACUCAC